ACCCCUUACAAAUCCAAACAUGCCCUAAAAAAACCCGCAUCCGUGCUGGACACAGCACGCAGCGAAAAAGCUUUUGCGAUAGAAGCAGGAGGUUGUAGGAGGUUCUCGAUUGGGCGAACCAAUGAAAAUCCCCUAAAAGUCCUUUUCCCUCUCCCCGAUCCCGAAAUCAAAUUUCCCCUCUCAACUCGAUUCGAUUUCCGCCCUAAUUUCAGAUCUCCAGUUGUUGGCACCGAAUCAAAAGAUGCAAUUAAGGCUUUGUAAGUUUGGAUUCAACUCUUUAGAGUCAUGUGAUUCGAAUUCGAGAGUGAGGUUUAGGGUUUCCAAAUAAUUUUGUUUUCUUAGAGAGGAAUCAUGUUCUAUGGGGCGAUAGUAUGGGAUCCAUGGCUGAUUGUAUCGCAGAUCGUUUGCCUUCAGUGUUUGUACUACCUCACUCUGGGAUUUUUCAUGACGAUUCUCGUUGGAACUAGGGUUUCUAGGAUGAGCUUGAUGUAUUUCUUCGAUUUCUCAACUCUCACUGCUGCUACGGUCACGGGAUGGUGCGCAAUCGUUUCGUUUUUCCUCAGCUCGGCUGCUGGGGCAGGUUACAUGUUUUAUUUGGUUGAGAGAGCCAAGAAGUGCUUAGACUUCUCAGCAACCCUCUACUUAGUCCAUUUAUUUUUGUGCAUCAUAUAUGGGGGGUGGCCAUCUUCUAUUACAUGGUGGAUUGUAAAUUUUACUUGUCUGGCUUUGAUGGCUUUACUUGGGGAAAGGUUGUGCAUUAAACGUGAAUUGCGAGAAAUUCCUAUUACACGACUUCGUCCAAAUGUUUGAUUCAAAAUUAAAAAAACAUAGAUAUAUGCAAAGCUUUGCUUCAUCGAAAAAUAUGCUUCUCCUUCGCGAGGAAUGUUCAUAUGAACAUUGAUUUCUCAUGCGAUCAUGAACUUUAGAUGGCUGUGAUGCUGAUGUUGUCAUCAGGGUACCAAGAUAUGCAGAAGCAGUUUAGACAGAAACAAAAUUGUAAGGGGUUACCUUGCCUUUUGUGCAGCGAGGGAUUCCAAUUGUAUGCUAAAUUUUUUUUGGGUUACAUCUUAUUUUAUUGGGAACUUCGGCAGGAAUUCUUUGGGCUUGCUUCCAUGGAAAUAUAUACCAACCAAUAUUUGGUAAGCAUCAAGUCAUUUCCUUUUGUCUUCUAUGUCAUAAAUGCACAAGGUACUGUUGCUUUUUCUAUAUGGAUCUCUUCUGAAGCUUGGUAGAUACAAGCAUUUGAGACCAUUAAAGCAUUCUUUGUCGACCAGCUUUCACAAUACAGGGCUGAGUCUACCAGAUCUGGCAAGGAUAAAAUUGUGAGAAAGGGAAUAAAAAACGUCUCUUGCUUAGGCCUAAUGGUUUCUGCCGUGGCCUGCUGCUGUGGUUAGGGUCAAAGCCUAUCAAUUUAUCAGUGUUUUGCCCUUAUUAUGAUUUUUCUUAUGCGGCCUUCUAUACGAUCAAGGCGGAAUGGCUUCUGUAAUGAUAAUGAUGCAUUCUGACAUGCAUCAAGGCCUACUAACAUGGAAGAUCAACCCCAUAACGAUUUAUCAUCUUUGGGACAUGGAUUCUCACAUAAAUCGACUAGCGUACGGAUAUGAUGUUUUCUCAGUGGUCUGCAGCAUCUAGACGUGCAUUUAGGCCUAAUGAUGUGGACGAUUUACGUCAAUUUUCAUGCUUAGGCUUGAUGGUCUCUCUUUUGAUCUGCCGGUGUAGCAAAGUCCUAGUCUUUUACGAUAAUGCUCUUCUGCAUGUAGGCAUGCAUUUGAUUCGACUUAGUUGAAGGCACAACGUAGCUGCUAGUAUUUCAAAAUCUGUUUCCGAGGGAAAGCUGUUAUCCUUAUGAAGCAAAUGAUCUGUUGUUUGGUUCAUUGUGACAGAGAAAUAGCGAACCGAAAAGUUACGACUCCUUACUUUCUCAGUUGUUUAUCAUUCCUCAACUGCUUUGGUUGGUGCUACAGUUAAUUUUGACUAUGGAUCUCAACUAAUAUUGUUGCGACUUCCAGCUGUAACAACCAAACAUUUUAUAUGGCAUUCCGUGCUAAAGUUUUCUUUCUUUCA